UGUGUGACGUCAAGACGUGGGAGUGCUGCGUCCACCAGGGAGGUAUAUAAGAGGGCGAGCAGCGGCCUCCCGUACCUCAGUUACUUCUGCUGCAGACAUGACUGGUGUCCUGGUGAAGACCUGCCUGCUGGGGGCCCUCGCCCUUGCCCUCCUCUCAGGAGCGGAGGCUCAGUGCCCCGAGACGGUGAUUGAGCAGCAGUUUGCCGGAAGGUACAUAGCUGAGUUCUCCUACAUCCCGCCUAACCCCAUCACGAGCCUCUCUCUGGAGCUCCACUUCAGCUCACCUGUUGACACCCUCACGUUCUAUGCCGGGUCAGUGACCAAGGUCGACGACUACACCUUCAUCUUGUCGCAGCCGGACCUCCACACCAACCCGGGAGAAGCCGUUCACUCUAAGUUUGAGCUCACCUUCCACCAUUAUAUCCCCUACGUGAUCGGCGAGGUGUUCAACAACGACCAGCUCUGUGAAACGACGUUCACCACACCGACGCCCAUGGUCAACCCUUGUGAAGAGACUGGCAUAACGCCCUACGACUACAGUCAGGCACUGUGCAUGUCCUUCCUGUUCUACGAGGCCCAGCGGUCAGGUGUUCUGCCAGCAGACCAGCGUGUCAUCUGGCGAGGCGACUCUGCUCUUGGCGACGGCUCCGAUGUGGGCCACGACCUCACUGGUGGAUAUUACGAUGCUGGUGAUCACGUCAAGUUUGGGUUCCCGAUGGCUUACACCGCCACUGUGCUGGCUUGGGGCCUCAUAGACUUUGCUGAUGGAUACGAGACUGCCGGUCAGACAGAAUACGCUCGGGUAGCGAUCAAGUGGGCCACAGACUACUUCCUCAAGGCUCACACUGCCACUGAUGAAUUCUACGGCCAGGUGGGUAACGGAGGUAUUGACCACGGCUACUGGGGCCGCCCUGAGGACAUGACCAUGGAAAGACCUUCCUACAAGAUCGACGAAGCGAAGCCCGGUAGCGACUUGGCCGGGGAGACAGCCGCAGCCCUCGCCGCAGCCUCCAUUGUCUUCCAGGACGUGGACUCGGCCUACGCCGCCCAGUUGCUGGACGUGGCCAAGGAACUCUACGACUUCGCCGACAACUUCCGCGACAUCUACGACAACUCCAUCACAGACGCAACUGCAUAUUACCAUUCGUGGAGUGGUUACGGGGACGAGCUGGGUUGGGCUGCGCUGUGGUUGGCCAGAGCCACCGGCGACGACGCCUACCUCACCCGCGCCAAGGGUCACUGGGACGAGUUCAACUACGUAAAGGAUGACGUGCAGCAGUUCGCCUGGGACGACAAGAGGGCUGGUGUCUAUUCGCUGCUGACGCUUCUGGACGGCUCCAGUGAGUACUCUGAUCCCCUCGUCAAGUACCUGAACUGGCUGAAAACGUCAGCUUCCUACACCCCUGAAGGUCUGGUCUUCCUGGACCAGUGGGGCUCCAACCGCCACGCUGCCAACGUCGCCUUCAUCGCCCUUUGGGCUGCCAAGAACGGCAUUGACCCAGAAGCCAACCGGGAGUGGGCCCGGGGCCAGAUUGGCCAGCUGUUGGGAGACAACCCGAAAUACCACAGCUUCGUUGUGGGCUUCGGUGAGGACCCUCCCCAGAGACCCCAUCACCGCUCCAGCUCCUGCCCGUCUCCUCCACAAACCUGCGAGGGAAUGAUGUCCUAUGACGGUCCCAACCCGCACACCCUGUACGGCGCGCUCGUCGGCGGCCCUGCACAGGACGGCUCCUACAACGACGACCGCCAGGACUACCAGCACAACGAGGUGGCCUGCGACUACAACGCUGCCUUCUCCGGGGCUCUGGCCGCCUUGGUCGAGCUCAGUGUGUGUGUGUGUGUGUGUGUGUGUGUGUGUGUGUGUGUGUGUGUGUGUGUGUGUGUGUGUGUGUGUGUGUGUUCUCUCCACAUCAGGUGGGUAUAUAAGGGGGGUCGGGUACAUUCGUUCAGUACCUCAGUUACUUCUGCUGCAGACAUGGCGGGUGUCCUAGUGAAGACCUGCCUGCUGGGGGCCCUCGCCCUCACAAUCCUACUUUCAGGAGCAAAGGGGCAGUGCGAGCACACCGCCAUCGAGACGCAGUUCCCCGGCAAGUACAUGGCGACGUUCGACGCUGUGGCUCCCGUUACUAUCGACGGCCUCACCCUGGAGUUAACGUUCAGUACCCCCGUCGACGAAGUUGAGUUCUAUGACGGCACGUCGACCAGGAUCGACGAAUACCACUACACCCUCGUAAGCCAGAACAUCCACGCCAACCCGGGAGAGAACAUUCAUACCAAGUUCCAGGUCCACUACUCCCACUUCAUACCGUUUGUCACCAAUGAGGUGGUCAACGGUAUUGAGAUCUGCGACGUUGUGGUCACCACGCCGACGCCCAUGACCAACCCUUGUGCCGAGACUGGCAUGACGCCCUACGACUACAGCCAGGUGCUGUGCAUGUCCUAUGUGUUCUAUGAGGCCCAGCGGUCAGGUCCUCUGCCAGCAGACCAGCGCGUCACCUGGCGAGGAGACUCUGCUCUUGACGACGGCUCCGAUGUGGGCCACGACCUCACUGGCGGCUACUACGACGCUGGUGACCACGUCAAGUUUGGGUUCCCGAUGGCUUACACCGCCACUGUGCUGGCUUGGGGCCUCAUAGACUUCGCUGAUGGAUACCAGACUGCCGGUCAGACGGAAUACGCUCAGGUAGCGAUCAAGUGGGCCACAGACUACUUCCUCAAGGCUCACACUGCCAGUGACGAACUUUACGGCCAGGUGGGUAACGGAGGUAUUGACCACGGCUACUGGGGCCGCCCUGAGGACAUGACCAUGGAAAGACCUUCCUACAAGAUCGACGAAGCGAAGCCCGGUAGCGACUUGGCAGGAGAGACAGCCGCAGCCCUCGCCGCAGCCUCCAUUGUCUUCCAGGACGUGGACUCGGCCUACGCCGCCCAGUUGUUGGACGUGGCCAAAGAACUCUACGACUUCGCCGACAACUUCCGCGACAUCUACGACAACGCCAUUACAGACGCAACUGCGUAUUACCAUUCGUGGAGUGGUUACGGGGACGAGCUGGCCUGGGCGGCGCUGUGGUUGGCCAGAGCCACCGGCGACGACGCCUACCUCACCCGCGCCAAGGGUCACUGGGACGAGUUCAACUACCUAGAGGAGGACGUGCAGCAGUUCUCUUGGGACGACAAGAGGGCUGGAGUCUAUUCACUGCUGACGCUUCUGGACGGCUCCAGUGAGUACUCUGAUCCCCUCGUCAAGUACCUGAACUGGCUGAAAACGUCAGCUUCCUACACCCCUGAAGGUCUGGUCUUCUUGGACCAGUGGGGCGCUAACCGCCACGCUGCCAACGUCGCCUUCAUCUCUCUUUGGGCCGCCAAGAACGGCAUUGACCCAGAAGCCAACCGGGAGUGGGCCCGGGGCCAGAUUGGCCAGCUGUUGGGAGACAACCCGAAAUACCACAGCUUCGUUGUGGGCUUCGGUGAGGACCCUCCCCAGAGACCCCACCACCGCUCCAGCUCCUGUCCGACUCCCCCGGAGACCUGCGACGGAAUGUUGACGUACGACGGACCUAACCACCAGACCCUCUACGGCGCCCUCGUCGGCGGACCUUCGGCGGGCGGCGACUACAACGACGACCGCCAGGACUACCAGCACAACGAGGUGGCCUGCGACUACAAUGCUGCCUUCUCCGGGGCUCUGGCCGCCUUGGUCGAGCUCAAGUGGGAUCCACGCUGCUCCCGCACUACAGUCUCUUCAGCGGCAGACAUGGCUGCGGGUGUCCUAGUGAAGACCUGCCUGCUGGGGGCCCUCGCCUUCCUCUCAGGAGCGCAUGCGCAGUGUGACAAUGUGGUCAUCACCAACACAUGGCCAGGUAACUACCAGGCCGAGUUUACCGCCACCGCUCCUGCAGCCAUCAAUGGUCUAAGUCUGGAUGUGGUGUUCAGCUCACCGGUCGACGCUGUUGAUUUCUACGAGGGACAGUCGACCAAGGUGGACGACACUCACUACACUCUCAUCGACAACAACAUCAAUGUGGCUGAAGGGGCGCAAAUCAAGUUCACCUUCCAGGUCCAUUACUCUGGAGUCACUCCUCUGGUCAUCCACGAGGUGCUGAAUGGCGCAGAAAUCUGCGACUCGGCCUUCACCACACCCGCGCCCAUGGAGAACCCUUGUGCGGCCACUGGCAUGAGUCCCUACGACUACAGCCAGGUGCUGUGCAUGUCCUAUGUGUUCUACGAGGCCCAGCGGUCAGGUCCUCUGCCAGCAGACCAGCGCGUCACCUGGCGAGGAGACUCUGCUCUUGACGACGGCUCCGAUGUGGGCCACGACCUCACUGGCGGCUACUACGACGCUGGUGAUCACGUCAAGUUUGGGUUCCCGAUGGCCUUCACCGCCACAAUGUUGGCUUGGGGCCUGAUUGACUUCGCCGAGGGACACCAAAAUGCUGGUCAGGUAGAGUACGGUCAGGCAGCUCUCAAGUGGGCCACUGACUACUUCCUCAAGGCUCACACCGCCCAUGAUGAAUUCUACGGCCAGGUGGGCGCAGGUGGAACCGACCACGCCUUCUGGGGCCGCCCCGAGGACAUGACCAUGCAGCGACCUUCUUACAAGAUCGAUGAAUCACGCCCAGGUAGCGACUUGGCUGCUGAGACUGCUGCCGCACUCGCUGGAGCAUCCAUCGUCUUCAAGAGCGUGGACCCAGCUUACUCCGACGAGGUGCUGGGCGUGGCCAAGGAGCUCUUCGAAUUUGCUGACAAAUACCGCGACAUCUACGACAACUCCAUCACAGACGCCACUGCGUUUUACCACUCGUGGAGCGGGUAUGGGGACGAGCUGGCUUGGGGAGCCCUGUGGCUAGCCAGGGCCACUGGCGACGACUCCUACCUCACCCGCGCUAAAGGAUUCUAUGACGAGUUCAGCCUUAAUGGAGAUGUUGUGCAGUUCGCUUGGGAUGACAAGAGAGCCGGAGUCUUCGCACUCUUUACACUCUUGGACGGCUCCAGCGAGUACCAAAACGCGCUGGUCGGGUACUUGAGCUGGCUGAAGAACGAAGCACCAUACACACCGGAGGGCCUCGUCUUCCUUGAUGCCUGGGGCGCCAACCGCCACGCCGCCAACGUCGCCUUUAUCGCCCUCUGGGCCGCCAAGAACGGCAUUGACACAGAAGCCAACCAGGAGUGGGGCCGAGGCCAGAUUGGUCAGCUGUUGGGAGACAACCCGAAAUACCACAGCUUCGUUGUGGGCUUCGGUGUGGACCCUCCCCAGAAACCCCACCACCGCUCCAGCUCCUGUCCUAACCCUCCUGCCGACUGCUCCAGCGGCCUCUCCAACCCAGGCCCCAACCCUCACGUCCUCUACGGCGCCCUUGUCGGAGGUCCAUCUCAGGACGGUUCCUACACUGACGACCGCCAGGACUACCAGCACAACGAGGUGGCUUGCGACUACAAUGCUGCCUUCUCCGGGGCUCUGGCCGCCUUGGUCGAGCUCAGUUAAGAGACUAGACCUGACUCAACACCAUCUUAGAAUUAGCUCACUACUUUGAUUUUCUUUCUAAUAUACAUUUGCUAUUGCUGAAAUGCAUUAUAAUGCUUAAAUUAUACCAAAAGUCACAAUAAAAACAUUAAAAUA